AUGGCCUGUGAACAACGCUUGCGGACGCAACAGGCGUCUUCACAGAUGCUGCCACGUGUAGUUGCCACAGAGCAGCAGUCAUUGGUGGUUGUUAAGAAAUUACUAGCAAUUGCUGUCUCCAGUAUCACUUACCUUCGAGGUCUUUUUCCAGAAAAAGCAUAUGGGAGUAAAUACAUUGAAGAACAGAAAGUGAUGAUUCUUCGAGAGGAGCGGACUUGCCCCGGUGCUAGUCAGAUUGUACAGUGGUUGCAGGGAUGCUUUGAUGCCCUUCAGAAGAGAUAUCUCCGCAUGAUUUUAUUAUCCAUGUACUCUGAUCCAGAACACCCACAGAAGGUAACUGAAUGCUACCAGUUCAGAAUUCAGUACACUGAAAAGGGCCCUCGGCUGGAUUUUGAAAGCAAAAGCCAGAAGAAUGUAACUAAGAUGGAUUGCAGUGACAUAAAGAAAGCGAGUAUUCUGUUGGUGCGUAAACUGUACACACUGAUGCAGAACCUCGGCCCACUCCCUGAUAGUGUGUGCCUCAACAUGAGGCUCUCCUACUAUGAUGACGUGACUCCAUAUGACUACCAGCCACCGGGCUUUAAAGAAGGAGAAAACAGCAUGCUGGUCUUUCAGAAAGAGCCAGUGAAUCUGACCAUGGGAGAAGUUGUGACACCCUUCCACACCCUAAAAGUGGAUGUCACCACUGAGAGAGAGAGAUUGGAAGAGGUAGAUGAUGAUGAGCCAAUAUGUGCCAGAGAUAGAUGGAAUUUGAUAAUAAAUGAAGAAGAAAUGGUUUGUGUGUCAAAUGUUCAGCAGGAGUUUGUAACCAAAGAAAACAUUGUUAUUGACACUGGAAUUGAGAACUCGGAUCUGAGCAAAGAGGAGAUAAUGGAGAAUUCACAAUUCAUGGCAGACAGUCUUGUAAAGAAGACAGCUGACCUUGAUGUGGCGACCAGGAAAACAAGGAGUGGCCGAGUGUUCAACUGCUCAGACAAUAAAGAUGGUACAGUGCCUUCAUCCACAGAAAAGAAACCGGUUUCUCAGUUUCAGUUUCCACUUAGUCAAGACCCUUUGCCUGCUCCUCCAAAGAGGCGCAAGUUCAGUGUCCCUAAAGAAAACCACUGA